GCGGUGCCGGGGCGGUGCCGGCGGCGGGGCCGGGCCGGGAGCGCGGGAGCGCCCGGGAGCCCCCGGGGACCCCCCGGGCACCAGCGCAGGCUGGAACUGAGCUCUGGAAAAACAAAGUGGAGCUUGGAGUAUGUGGCCUGAGGAUUGCCUUACACAGCCAGGGGUGGUAGCUGAGCAGUGAGCAGGAUGCCCCCAGGCAUUUACUGCCCUACGGAAUUUUGGUCCAAGGGGGAAAACCAGAACAUCCAGGUGGACUUUCUGCUGCCCACAGGAAUAUACUUAAACCUCUGUGUGCCCUGCAAUGCCAGCUUGGGCACCAUCAAGCAGGUGGUGUGGAAGCAUGCCCAGUAUGAGCCCCUGUACCACAUGCUCAGUGACCCCGAGGCCUAUGUGUUCACCUGCAUCAACCAGACGGCCGAGCAGCAGGAGCUGGAGGACGAGCAGCGGCGGCUCUGCGACAUCCAGCCCUUCCUGCCCGUGCUGCGCCUCGUGGCCCGGGAAGGGGACAGGGUCAAGAAGGUCAUUAACUCCCAGAUCAGCCUGCUCAUUGGGAAAGGUUUGCACGAGUUCGACUCCGUUCAGGAUCCAGAGGUGAAUGAUUUCCGCACCAAAAUGUGCCAGUUCUGUGAGGAGAGAGCAGCAAAGAGGCAGCAGCUCAGCUGGGCAGCCUGGAUGGAGUACAACUUCCCCUUGCAGCUGGAGCCCAUGGCCAAGGGCUUUGGGACUGGCUCUCUACAAACCCCCACCAAGAACAUUUUCGUCAACAUCAAGUUCCAGUCUGGAGGGGAGAGCUUCACCUUCCAGAUCUCCCCGAAGGAGUUCCCCAUCACGCUGAUGAGCUAUGCCAUCAAGAAGCAGGCGACUGUGUUCCGCCACGAGACGGUGCAGAAGCCAGAGGAUUACACCCUGCAGGUGAACGGGAAGUGGGAAUAUCUCUACGGGAACUACCCCCUGUACCAGUUCCAGUACAUCCGCAGCUGCCUGCACCGAGGGCUGACCCCCCACCUGACCAUGGUCCACUGCUCUGCCAUCAUUGCCAUGAGGGACGAGCAGACCAACUGCAUUGCCAGCCCCCCAAAGAUGGCUCCCAAGCCUCCCCCGCUCCCCAAGAAAAAGCCAAACUAUGGUUCUCUCUGGUCCUUAGAGCAGCCUUUCUACAUCGAGCUGGUGCAAGGCAGCAAGGUCAAUGCAGAUGAGAGGAUGAAGCUGGUGGUGCAGGCAGGGCUGUUCCACGGCAACGAGAUGCUGUGCAAGACAGUGUCCAGCUCAGAAGUGAAUGUGUGCUCAGAGCCCGUGUGGAAGCAGAGGCUGGACUUCGACAUCAACAUCUGUGACCUUCCCCGCAUGGCCCGGCUCUGCUUCGCCCUCUACGCCGUCAUCGAGAAGGCCAAGAAGGCACGUUCCACCAAGAAGAAGUCCAAGAAAGCUGACUGUCCCAUCGCCUGGGUCAAUGUCAUGCUCUUUGACUACAAGGACCAGCUGAAAACUGGGGAGUGCUGCCUGCACAUGUGGUCCUCCUUCCCAGAUGAGAAAGGGGAACUUCUGAACCCCAUGGGCACAGUGCAAUGCAACCCCAACACUGAGAGUGCAGCAGCCUUGGUCAUCUGCUUCCCCUGCGUGGCAGCACAUCCCGUGUAUUACCCGUCCUUCGAGCAGCUGCUGGAGUUGGGGAGGAAUGGAGAACCACCCCGAGCUGCACCAGAAGAUCCUGAGGAGAAGCUGCAGCUGAGGGAGAUCCUGGAGCGGAGGAGCCACACGGAGCUGUACGAGCACGAGAAGGACCUGGUGUGGAAGAUGAGGUACGACAUCCGCGACCAGUACCCACAGGCCCUGGCAAAGCUGCUCAUCAUCACCAAGUGGAACAAGCACGAGGAUGUUGCCCAGAUGAUUUCCCUGCUUCAGACCUGGCCAGAGCUGCCUGUCCUGAACGCCUUGGAGCUGCUGGAUUUCAGCUUUCCCGACCGUUAUGUUGGUUCCUUUGCUAUCAACUCACUGAAGAAGCUGACAGAUCAUGAUGUGUUCCAGUACCUGCUGCAGCUCGUCCAGGUGCUCAAGUACGAAUCCUACUUAGACUGUGAAUUAACCAAGUUCCUGCUGGACAGGGCGUUAUCCAACCGCAAGAUCGGACACUUCCUCUUCUGGCACCUGAGGUCAGAAAUGCACGUUCCUGCUGUUUCCCUGAGGUUUGGGCUGAUCCUGGAAGCUUAUUGCAGAGGCAGCACCCACCACAUGAAAGUUUUGAUGAAACAGGGAGAAGCACUCAACAAGAUGAAAGCUCUGAAUGACUUUGUUAAAGUGAGUUCUCAGAAGGCCACCAAGCCUCAAACCAAGGAGAUGAUGCAUGUGUGCAUGAAGCAGGAAACGUACCGUGAAGCACUUUCCCACCUCCAGUCCCCCCUGAACCCCAACAUUAUCCUCGCCGAAGUUUGUGUGGAUCAGUGCACCUUCAUGGACUCCAAAAUGAAACCUUUAUGGAUUGUGUUUAAUAAUGAAGAGACAGGUGGAGGUGGAGUGGGCAUUAUUUUUAAAAAUGGAGAUGAUCUGCGUCAGGACAUGCUGACCCUGCAGAUGAUCCAGCUGAUGGACAUCCUGUGGAAGCAGGAGGGCCUGGACCUGAGGAUGACCCCUUAUGGCUGCCUCUCCACAGGAGACAAGACUGGGCUGAUUGAGGUGGUCAUGCACUCGGACACCAUCGCCAACAUCCAGCUGAACAAGAGCAACAUGGUGGCCACGGCAGCUUUCAACAAGGACGCGCUGCUGAACUGGCUCAAGUCCAAGAACCCCGGGGAUGCCUUAGACCAAGCCAUCGAGGAGUUCACCCUCUCCUGUGCCGGGUACUGCGUGGCCACGUACGUGCUGGGCAUCGGGGACCGGCACAGCGACAACAUCAUGAUCCGGGAGACAGGACAGCUGUUCCAUAUUGAUUUUGGUCACUUUUUGGGGAACUUCAAGACUAAAUUUGGUAUUAAUAGAGAACGAGUUCCUUUCAUCUUAACCUACGACUUUGUGCAUGUCAUCCAGCAAGGAAAAACUAACAACAAUGAGAAGUUUGAAAGGUUCAGGGGUUACUGUGAGAGAGCCUACAUGAUCCUGCGGCGCCACGGGCUCCUCUUCCUGCACCUCUUUGCACUGAUGAAAGCUGCUGGUCUGCCAGAGCUCAGCUGCUCCAAGGACAUCCAGUACCUAAAGGACUCCCUGGCUCUUGGGAAAACCGAUGAGGAGGCACUGAAGCACUUCAGGCUAAAGUUCAAUGAAGCCCUGCGAGAGAGCUGGAAAACCAAAGUGAACUGGCUGGCACACAACGUGUCCAAGGACAACAGGCAGUAGAGCAGCAGAGCACAGCCCUGGGACAGGGACACAACAGCCACGCUGAGCCCAGCCAGGCAGACAGGCUGGUAAGGAAAGACUGGUGGAAGCUGCAGAGUUGAAGAUCCCCCACCUGGAUUCCCAGAGAUCAGACAUUGCUCCAUGACUGAAAAACUGCUGGCCUGUCCUCAGCCACACCCCGUGGCUGCUGUAGAGCUUUGGGGGACAAGGGAGAGACGUGAGGCAAUAAAAUUACUGCGUACAGUGAAAGGUAGGUAGAGGUGCUGUACCCUUAGAACUCAUUAAGCUUCAAAUACAUCUUCUAAUGGAAGAGUUGAGGCAGUUGUAACAUCCUUCCAGUGUGCUAAUGUCUGUAUUUAUAUUUUCUUGAGAAUUUAGCUGAACAGAGGACCUCCCCCCCAUCCCUGUAACCCAUCUUGCAGGUCACCACCAUUACAGCUCAGAGGCUUUACCUUCAGCACUGCCCUGUGUCACUGUCCACCAAGGGGGGAUCAGUUUAAAGAGCCCUGAAGCUGUCUUGGACAAAUGGUUUUACUCUGCAUUGUGACAGGAUAAAGAUACCCACACUGUCAUAUUGCUUUCUGUCUGCUCCAGAGGCCAAAGUGUUCUCAAACUGAGCUGGAACUCAGCUGUUGCUGGACAAAACUGAUGCCACAACAGCAGGUUCAGUGGCCACUGGAUCAGGUAGUUUCUUUGCUUUCCCAAGUCAGGCUUUAGUUGAGCCUCAAGCAAUUCCUGCAUUUAUUUUGGUUUUAAGCCUGAAAACAGUAAGACUGCAUUUUCCAAAUGGGCAUGGAAUGUUUGUGGCUCCAAGUGCCUCCUGCUGGGGUACAUUAGGAGCUGGUUUGCCACCUGGUCUCCCUGUACCAUGUGUGUGCAGGGCAGUGCCCCACACCUACACAGUCCCUGGGAUCCAACACUCAGCUCCAGAGGCAGCUGGCACAGAUGGCACCGCUCUGUGCCCAAGCUGUUGGGCCAGACUGUCCUCCUGUGCAAGGAGUGCCAGGAUGAGUGGGUUUAACACUGAAACACUUACAGCAAGUUGCAUCUCAACUCCCAUCUUGCAAAUGUAUUCCCUUUUCUUUUCCCCCCUCUUCCUCCUCCCAGCCACAGUCCAGACUCCUGCCCUGCUCUGAGAGCUGCUGGCAAGGGCUGGGGGUCUGGGGGGGCUCAGCUGUGCCGGUGCCUGAAUUGGGACACAGUGUCUCCUCCAGCCUCCUCCCCUUCCCAUGGCCUCCUCAGCCUCCUUCCCCUCGCCCACACGGUGCUGGGAUCAAUCCCACAGUUCUGCUGUCACAGCUCUGUCUCCAGGUCAUGGCCCCACCAGGAGCAGCUCUGGGUGCUGGGCUUGCCCAGGGACAGGGAGCAGGAGCCACUGCUGGACACAGGAGGGUGGGCAGGACCUGCUUCCUCUGCCAGUUCCUUGGGUCCUUCCUUCCAUUUCCUCACACCCUCAGGUUCCUGUGGAGGUACCACCAUUCCUGCCCUUUCAAGGAACAGCAAAGUCUAAUUCUCAAGACACCCCCAAAGCUGAAUCCUGUACUUCACUUGUUUGCCUUUAAUUAGGUUCAACAAUUUUCUUUUACUCACUGUAAAGUGUUUUUUAAACUCUUUCACUUCUCUCAUGUAGGUAAAAAUAGAGGCAUUGCAGAUCCUGGUUCUCAGGUAACAACAGGUACAUGUGUUGUCAAAUGAUGGACUAGACUCUCAUAAAUUUAGCAUUCAAGUCUGCUUUAAAAUUCCCACAGAAGCAGCAAGUUCAGGAGACUGAACUGGCCUGUUUAAUAAAUCUUCCCUUCAUGAUCUAAAUUUGAUUUGAUUUUUGCACCCAGCACAUGGGUGCAAAUCAUUCCUGACUUUCAGCUGUCAGGUACCCCAGUACUUUAAAAUUAAAAUUAAAAUUAAAAAAUACUGCCCUAGAAUGGCUGUUUAAGUCCACCUUUUUUGUUUAAGGGGAUCAGUUCAAAUCUGUCAGCUGUGCAGCUGGCGAAGAGCAAAGUUAACACUGCUUUAUAAAACAGUAACUUCUUCUGUAAGAAGAAAUAAAUAGUAAUGCCAGGUUUGGUCAGUGAGGGGAAUCUGAAACACCUGGAAUAAACCCUUCUCUACCUUUAUAUCCCAACAGGCACUAGCAGUGUUACAGUUUCUAAUCUAAAUUGUGGUUUAAAGUACUUACUGUGUCUUUUCAUAGAAGAUAUUAAGCUGUGGGGUCUGUUCUGUUCUGGUUUGUACCUAUUCAGACAAACCAAGUUCCCUCUCCAGCACCUGUUGGUAGAAGCAGCAGUUCUGGCCUAGAAAACACUUGAUUUUAGUUUUAUGUAACUCUUUUCCUGCACCUUCCCAAUGAUCCUGGGUGUAACUGAAGCAACACUCAAGCUCUGACAGCUGUUUUGGUACUAGAAGGAAAUCCUGCAGGAUUGAGAGCUCUUUGCAGGCUGAUCAGACAGUGAGCACACGCCCUGUGCCUCUGCUCCAUUUCAGAGAAUAAAUAUUGCUGUUUCUUUCCUUAUUGAACUAAUUUACAGAGCAAAAAGUGUGCCCCAGGCAAGGUGAGAUGCACUGAACCCACCCCCUGAUCAGGUUUGUACGUUCCUGUGGAAGGGAAGACACUACAGUUCUGUGCCUGGAAAAGCAAUUCCACAACCUGCUCCUCCAGGAGCCCUCUGAUGUGCCUGGUUUCCAGGCUCCCAGCAGGAACCUCAGGCCCUAAUCACAGUUUUCCAGCAGUGGCUCCUGUCCCCUGUCCUUCAGUGUGAGAAGUGCAAUAAGACAAAGGUGUCUCAGUGUCAGCUGCAGGGACUGGGCAAUUCCCCAGGGGUUUCUCCACCCGGCCCAGUUUCACAGAGGUUUCUCAGUCUGGAAACUUGACUUACCCCCAAGAAGUAAAAAUCCAGUGAGUCAUCACGUGGACCUUCUUCCUUGGACACUCCUGGAAGAGCAUCUUUGUUGAAGCUCUGAUGGGUCAGCAAAGAGCUUUUGACUCCAAAUCCACAAAGCAGCAGCUCCUCACCUGAUGAUUUUGAGCCAGUGAAUUGUACUGAAGAUUCAAACUUAAAUCACUUGCAAAAAUAUUCCAUUUCACCAUAAAUAAGUGGCUUCUCCUUUUAUAAAUAUGCUCAGAAUGAUAGACCUAUUUCUAUUUAUUUAGAGAUGUUUCUGUCAUUUUUUUUUUAACUCACUCUGUACAAACUGAUUGUGCUUAUUCUGUUGCCUUUGAAAAAAAGAAGUAUUUUUUUAAGCCAAACUGUGGUUCUGCGAAAAGAGAAUGUUUACAUGUUUAACCUUUCAGUUGCUUUAGGUACAUGUUUUGUAAGUAAAAAAUAAAAAAUAUUGAUAAAUUGUC